GGCAGGGGAGGCAGUCGCGUUUUCCUGGCUGUGUGUGUACUGUAUGUCAGUUCGCCAGCUAGACCACCGUACAGUACAGUACAUCUAGUUACAGUUAGCAGAUCCACAUAGAAUUUAUGUAUGUAGACUGACGCAUACGUUGAGCAGGCACCGGUUCCUUCCUGAAUCAGACAACUGGGACCAACCAUGGACCUAUUCGAGUUUGACUUCUUUAGGGACUGGGAACUGGAGCAACAGUGUCAUUACGAGCAGGACCGCAGUGCGCUCAAGAAGAGGGAGUGGGAGCGGCGGACUCAGGAGGUGCAACAGGACGAAGAUCUCUUCUCCUCCGGGUUUAAUCUAUUCGGGGAGCCGUACAAGACAGAAGCAACCAGUCUAUCCACUUUGGGGGGGACCAACAACCUAAACAAGACCAACAAAGGUGAUGCCCUGGCCAACCGGGUACAGAACACUCUUGGGAACUACGAUGAGAUGAAGGAGCUCCUGACCAGCCACUCCAACCAGAGCCACCUGGUGGGGAUCCCCAAGAACUCUGUUCCCCAGACCCCUGGCCCCAGCUUCUUCACCGAGGGGGCCCAGAGGACAAGCAACAGGACGGGCACGGGGCACAAUACCACCUCCAUGCCCCCUCCGCCCUCCUCUUCAUCCCUGACCAGCUCCACCCGGCUGAGCGGCCAUCAGAGCUCCAAGAAGUCCCGCUCCUCCGACUGGUUGCAGGGAGCCCACUGCUCCAGCAGCACCAGCACCCAAGAGGUGGGGGGGCAGGUAGUGGGGGUACCAACCAGCAGCAGGGGGAAACACUUGUCUACCCAUGAGCAGCAGCAGCAACCCCAGAGACACGAGGAGCUGUUCAGCUCACAGGGCGACGUCGUGGGCCACAAGGGAGACUCCAGCAGCAGCCCCAACUCCUCCACCUCCAGGAGGCAUGGCGCUGGGCAGCAGCAGGCCCCUUCGGCGGCUGAGCAUGGCGGAUACAAGGACAGCAACAAUAUUGUUAAGUCUCCCUUGGAGCAGGAGCCGGGCUCCCACGGGUCCAGUUCCCCCGUGGCCUCCACCUCCCUGCUGCCCAGCGGCCUUUCCACGCCAACCUUCCCCCAGGGCCUGCAUGUCAAGCCAAGCGCCGUGCAGCAGCAGAAGCCCACAGCCUACGUUCGGCCCAUGGACGGCCAGGACCAGGUGCCCCUGGAUUCCCCGGAGCUCAAACCUCCUCUGGAAGUGGGGGACAUGGGCUACAGCAACCUAGCCUUUGGCAGCACCACCACCAGCUCCAAGAGCAAGCUGCCUAAGCUGACCCUGACACAGACUGGGGAGGUCAGCCUGUCCAGUGACUCCAGCUGUGUGGAGGAGAUUCUACGGGAGAUGACCCACUCCUGGCCUCCCCCCCUGACUGCCAUCCACACUCCAGGCAAAGCUGAGCAGACCAAGUUCCCUAUUCCCUCCAAGGAGUCACAACACUUACCCUCAGGAUACGCUGGACAAAAGCGGUGCAAUGUUCCCGGUAACAAGCCUGCAACCAAGUCUGUACCACAGAAGUCAAUGCUUGAGGAUGACCUGAAGAUCAGCAGUGACGAAGAGGACACUGAUCAACAGGCAGCAGAGAAGCCCAAGCCCAGAAGUACACCUCUUAGCAUCCCUGUGGCCACGUCUCGGACCACUGACCCGGGCCUCUCCAGCGGUGCCUCGGGCAGCUCCAGCGAAUCAGAGAGCAGCUCCGAGUCAGACUCCGAUAGCGAGAGCAGCUCCAGUGACAGCGAGUGUAACGGGGCCUCCCGGACCGCCACCCCAGAGCCUGAACCUCCAUCAACAAACAAAUGGCAGCUGGAUAAGUGGCUGAACAAAGUGACCCCAAACAACAAAGCGCUUAUCAAUACCCAGCCAGAGAGAGAGAGCCAUGGGCUCAGCAGCUCCCAGACUGACCACAGCCAACAGGCCCCUGAGGGCCAGGGCCCAGCCCCAGGGAAGAGCAAGCCUGGCCCCGCCGCCCUGCUGGCCCCGACAGACCCCAAGGAACGGGCCCUCCUCAGCCCCAUCAGAGAGAAGGCCAAGCCUAAGACUGGACCAAAAGUCUCAGAGGGCAAGGGUUCAAAGGUCAAAUCCCCAGCCAUGGUGGCGGUGGAGCCAGCCCCAGCCAGGCGCAGCUUGGGGAAGAAACAGCCGAAGAAAGUGGAGCGCUCGUCCAGCCUGGAGGAACACACCUCCUGGUCCAAGCCCAUCAACCCCACCAUCAGCACUACUUCCAAGGAGAAGGACCCUUCAUCCCUCCUGGAGCAGCCCAAGUCCAGGACCAAGAGCACCAGUGGGAAGACUGCCCCUAGGAAGGAGCCUCGCACCACCACUACAAUUACUCCAGCUCCUCCUCCCUUGGCCCCAGUCCUGGAAAAGAAGAAGCACAGGGGGCCCAGCAAGAUCAUCCCCAAGUCCAAGGAGUUCAUCGAGACGGAGUCUUCGUCAUCUGAGUGCCACUCUGAACCAGAGGAGCUGGUCAAGAUCCAUAACCAUCCCUGUCCAGGACCCAGCAGUCUGCAGACUCCCAAAGCAGCCAAGGACUGCAACAGCAAUAUCCUGACUGUCAGUAGCCUUACCAGCACCUGCAGCUCUUCCAUAUCCAUCCCAGACCCUGGGGCCAUGGACCUCCUAGGGGACCCCCUCUUCUCCUCCGUCCCCAUCGUCCAGAACAAACUGCUGUCCCCUCUCAGGGACUUUGAGGACAUCAAGUCACUGUGGGUGAAGAUCGAGCUGAGCUUCCUGUCUAAGAUUCCAGGGCAGGACCCCCCUGAGCCCCCUUCUGUGAAAGUUGAGCCCCGGGAACCACUUGAACCCAGCAUUAAGCACAGACGACAGUCCCCCGCCAGUCUUCAGUCUACCCCUGUUGAGAAACCACCUAGCAAGGCCAAGAGGAAACACAAGAUGGACCAUUGUGACGCUGUCGGCGGAAGCAAGAAGUUGCGGUUGGAGAAAGACUCCUUGCUUCUUCCCCCAUGCAUCUCACCGAUACACAACCACAAGAACGUUAGCACAAAAGAUUCUCUGAGGAAACAGCCCAGGAAGAGAGAGGAGAAGCGAGAGCUGCUGCCUCCCCUGCUUUCUCCGCUCUCCGACGAACCCCCUAUACGCCAGCGCAGGACCAGCGAGUGUUCCUCCUUCAGCCAGGAGGGCGGUGCUAGCAGCGCCGCCAGCACCUUAUUGCUACCCACCCUCAGCUGCUCUCUGCCCAACUUCUCCUCCUCAUCCUCCUCUUCCUCACACAAGCACCGCAGCAAAGGAGAGAGCAAAUCCUUCUCGCGUUCCAAGACAAGCAGUGAGGAAGAUACCCAUAGCAAGCCGUCUAGCAGUUUCCAUGGCAACGGUCAGUCCGAUUCUGACGUUUGGUCCAACCCGUCAUCUCUGUCCAUGGACCACAUGGAGCCUAGAAGGCCCAAGCUAACGUUCAAUAACACAGUUCACAACGCAGACUACUGCAUGCAAGAAGCCAAGAAACUAAAGCACAAAGCAGAUGCACUGAUGGAGAAGUUUGGCAAAGCCAUUAACUACGCUGAUGGGGCGCUGUCGUUCAUCGAGUGUGGCAACGCCAUGGAGCGGGAUCCGCUGGAGGCCAAGUCUCCAUACACUAUGUACUCUGAGACGGUUGAACUCAUCAGGUAUGCCAUGAGGUUAAAGAACUUUACAAGUCACUCAGCAACUGUAGCCGAGAAGAAAUUAGCUGUGUUGUGCAAUCGCUGUUUAUCCCUCCUGUACUUGAGAAUGUUCAAAUUGAAGAAGGACCAUGCAGUAAAGUAUUCCCGUUCCCUAAUGGAGUAUUUCAAGAAAAGUUCCCAAGCACCUUCGCCAUGGGGAGCCAAUGGAAAGAGCACAGGCACCCCGUCGCCCCUGUCUCUGAGUCCCUCCCCAGUUAGUUCGGUGAGCAGCAGUACGGGCCCUGGCCUUGUGGGCUCCUGUCCCUCCGGUGCCUCCAGCAACGUGGCCAUCCCCCAGCGCAUCCAUCAUAUGGCCGCUAGCCACGUCAACAUCACCAACAACAUCCUCCGCAGCUACGAGCACUGGGACACGGCAGAGAAGCUCGCCACAGAGAGCCAAGAGUUCUUUCAGGAGCUGGACUCGACGAUGGAACCAUUGAGCCAACACAGCAGCAUGACAGAACUGGUGCGCUACAUACGCCAAGGACUGCACUGGCUACGGAUAGAGGCCCACAUGUUAUAGUGCUGCUGGAACUAGAACUGAACUGUCUGCCACUGUAUGUCUGUCUGUCUGUCUCACACAUCCAUCACUACCUCUACCAGCCAGCAACCCCCAGCAACCCCCAGUCUCCAGCCAUCUGACUCCAGCCCCAAGGGCCCCCACCACACUCUGCCAGCCAGAAAGCCCCACUGACUGUCAACUCUUAGUGGUCAGAGGUCAUCAUGAUGAGGUCAUCAUCAGCUCUACUGCACAGUCUGUCUCUCUGUUCCCUCAAUACAAUGUUGACAUUUCUGUUGGCUGUGGAAAGAAAAUAGUGAAAUCCAAACCCCAAAGUGAAUGGAAGGACAGUCCCACCUAAGACCUGGGGAUUGUCUCCAAAGAAGUAUGGUGGUUGUUUUGGUUGUUUUCUGCCAGAUCGAGCCAUGUGAUUUCCCUGCAGUUGUUUUGAUCACCACUAAAGGUCCUCUCAGAACGCCUGGAGCGUUGUUCACAGUUCACACCUCCAUUCCAACAGGCAGAUUUCUCAUGAAGUUAUAAGUGGUAUCAACUAUUUUUAUUGUUUUGUUUUUGUCAAUGCCUUGAUGAACUGGCCGACAGAAGCCAGUUGGAAAAGUCUCUCUUUACUACUAUCUGAUAGUGGUGUUUAUUUAUGAUCCAUCAAACCUCAGUCUCACGUCAGAUAAUAAAUACAGCAACAGUUUGUCAAUGUCUACCCAUAAGUCCCAGUGGAACAACAAAUAAUUUGAAAUAAUUACAUGACUUGUUGCUCAUUGGAAAUGAACAACAAAUAAUCAAAUUCAAUCUGCCACCUCAAGCAAUUUCUCUAGUUGUGGGGGGAUUUGCAUAAUAAUUUAGUCAACUAAAGCAGAUCUGAUAACAACUGAUCUGGAUUGCGUCUUUUAGCCCUAGAGGUUGGUGGUAUCUAUGUGUUUUUUUGUUUUGUUGGGUUGAUGUCAUUUCUGUACCUACAGAAAUAAGAGGCCUGAUUUAUUCCAAAGCAGCACUGAUUUUCCAUGGGUCUAAGGGAACGGGGAAGACAAAGUGAUGCACCACAUGAGACUGUGUUUAAAUCCAUAUGAAUUGUGUAAUCACUGUUACAGCACCACCACAAACAGUGUACGCCACAAUGGGUCCAGUAACGCUACAGAGGACCUUUACAUUGUCUUUUCGAUGUCUACAAUAACUGCUGUGUUGUAUAUCGCAACUCUUUUGGUAUUAAAUGUUGGUUCAGUUGUGCAUGUCCACAGAGAGGUGUAGAGUUUUAAAGCAUUAUCCAUAGUAACACUUCUUACGUGUUAUGUGCAUAGUUGUACAUUUGAUCGUCCUAGAUUUAAACUUGGCUUGAUGGACAUACUGUAUGCCAUCUAUAUGAGAUACAGGCAGUUUUCCUAAGGAGGAAGUUUGAUGGUUGGUUUGUUGUUUGUUUUUAUUUGGAUGUGAUGUGAGAGAAUGAACUGAAGCGAAGUGUGUGUGUUGCACUGUGCAGAGAUGAUUUGGGGAUGGAUUCUCUAUUGCUGGGUGUCAAUUCCAAAUCGUUCUCUCUAUAGCACAGUCCAUACAGUGUGUUUCAGUAGACCAUAUCUCCAUGGCUAUGUGUGAAAUAUGAUUUUCACUAUGAUAAAACAAAGUGCCUCCGUAUCCGGUGAAAAUUAUUAAGAGUCUAUAUUGAAGAACAAGAAUGAAUCUAAAUGAUUUUUCCAUACCAUAUUGGUAUAUUAGAUUUUUUCAUAAAACCACAAUUUAUUCAUGUACUUUUUACUGGCAAGUAUGAUACCAAGUUUGGCUUUAAAAUUGCAAAUGUGUGACUUACAUGUAUCAAAUUUUUUAACUCAGUUACUGUUUAGAGGAUGCUGAACAGGAUGUUCAAAACCGCUUAAACAUGUAAAUGCUUAAUGUGACUUACUGUGAUCACCUAGAAUCAAUAGAUUAACACUCCAACCCAUUUACAGCAAUAGCUGGAUGAUAGCGCUAAUUGUGUUUAUUAUCUUGUUACUUAGAACAAGAGCAGAAUCAAGAGACAAAUGCACUUAAUUCACGUUCAGUGUUUCUGGCAUUUAGAAUGAUGUUUGGAGUUUUUAUCACUUGAUUUUAGGCCAAAUUAAAGUGUUUUGGAAUGUCACAAGAAAAGACUGAACAAAUUAUUGAUAAAACAAAAAUCACUUGAUGUUGAUCCAUUAACUGUCUUAUUUAGAUUUAAUGUCAUUCAGUGUUGUUUUAUGGAACAGUGUUGUAGCCUACAUGCUAUUGUAACCUCACAAACAGUGCUCAUUCAAUUCCAAAUCUAUUUUAAAGCUGUAGGAUGCCACACCAUAUGGUAAUAGCAAUAUCUACACCAGUCUUAAUGUAACUAAAUUAAUUGAGAAAUAUGAAAGCGAACCUAACAACUUAAACUUUCUUUGUACUGUAUCUGAAGUGCAUUUUUUCAUUUAGCCUUUUGCAACAACUUGUGAUAAUAAUCUCAUAAAUAUCAGUCAAUGUUGAGUUGGAGGAAAAUGAAGCAUGUGCAUAAUUUUUUAUGCAAAUGAUCCCAUUUUCUCCUCCAGUCCAAAUUAGCCAACUGUCUUUGCCCCUAUGAGGGAAGCAGUUUGUACACUUCCAGUGGCUUUUCCCAGCUGUUCCUAUUCACGCUAGAGACAGGCCAUUCUGUCAGGGAAAUCUGUGGCCCUUUGGCAGCCAGUCAAAAGCACCAAGCAGCACUGGCUCUCUGUUCUCUCUGUCUUUCUCUCUCUCCCUCUCUCCCUCUCUCUCUCUCAUCCAUCAUCUGAUAUAAACAACCAGCUCCAUACUCAGCCCCAGUCUGGCACCGAAGAGGAGCAGCUAAUGUUUUGCAUUCAUUCCACAAUGAGGAAAGGCUGAAUCAAAUUGGCUUAUGCCUACCAGGGAGAACAGAAUCAGUUUUUGUUUUAAAUAUGCGGUUUUAUGUCUAAAACAAGGAAAUGGUGAAACGUUGAAUGAGGUGCCAUCUGGACUGGCAGUGUUUACAAGCCAAUUUAUGGUGUGACCUAGUCUUUUGUUUGGUAAAACCAGGUGAUGAUGAUAACAUAUCAGGAAGGAAUUACUCAUUAAAUGAGUCCCUAAUUGGCUUGUUUUUAUAUUGCUGCUACUAAUGUUGAUAUUUCCUAGAUAGAUUUAUGAAUACAGGGAGUUUCAUUUUAAAAUGAAUACUUCUAGAGAAUUUUAUUGAAAAUAGCAUACAAAUCUGUGACGCAUUGCAGAGUUAACAAAAAUAUGUAAACUAUACUAGCUAGAGUAGGUACAGUACGAAGUGCAGCUCACCUUCUGCGUCUUCUCAGUUUAAAGCCUGAACAGUAUUUAUUACAAUCAGGCACUACUUAAAAGCAGAAUCAAUAAGAGUUAUGCCCUCAUGCAGUGUUAAUGUUUUGCUAGGUUCACUGCAAUUAACUCCAAUGCAAACACAUCAGGCUCAUCUAAGGUAGAGACAAGGAAGGGAUGUCAGCACAAGUGGGAGUCAAAACCAACCAUUUCUGCUAUCAAACUCAUUGUUAUUAUUAUUAGUAUUAUACCUAGAAUAAAUCUGACAGACUAUCAACACAAUAUUAUUGUGUUACAAAUUGUUGUAUAUUUAUCAUGUUCUUCAUCAUAAUUUCUUCUUUUUUUUAAAACCUGCUUUUUUUUCCUGGAGUAAGUGAGUACAACACUAAGCCUUAUAGCUUGGCUGAAGUCUGUCAUUUUGGUGUUUUUGUUAUCUCUUGCUCAAUUGUUCCACUACAUUGAAAACAAGUAUUGGAAACAAUGAUUUCCAAUUAAAGGAAAAUUCCACACAAAAACUAUCUUUUGAUAUUUGUUUCAAUAGUACAUUGUUGUUAUAGUCCCAAAAGGUUUUGCUUGUCAGCAAUCACGUUUUUUAAAGAUAUAUAACUUUAGAAAUACAGUUUUACAGCCGGCGUAACGUGUUUUGCAUCACAUACUGCAAAACGCAGCAUCAUAUAAUGGAAAAGGUUUAUGGGUGGAGUUUUCCUUUAACAUUGUCCCAGCUGGAAGCAUUCGGAUCGCUCUGCAAAUGAAGCCCUGUAAAUAACACUUAGGGAACACAAUGCACUGCACCAUGUUAGUCAAUUAACGACCGUAUGACUCAAUGUUGAUUCAUAUUCAGUGAAUAUUGUGUCAUAUUUAAUAUGACUGAUACAACUUGGACCGGGUUCUCAUAACACAUGAACAUACCUAUUAGCGGAAUAAUUUAGUGUAAUUGGUUUGUAAUAUAAAUGGCUUGUGUCUGUGACAGCAAACCAUUGCCAGUCACUUGGUGUCACUAACAAUAGUGCAUGUUGACCUUCGGUCACCGGAAGUGGUGGUUAUGCAAAUUGAAGUCAACAGUUGGUAUAUGUAGCUUCAUUCGACUAUAUGUCAAACCCUUCAUUCAGCUUGUUGUUGUCUUAAAGCAGUAGCAGACAUGCGUUAGGGAAAAUGAAGAACAGUCAUCCAUAGAUCCCUUUGCUGUUUAUAUCUGUACAGAAUGAUGAGGUGCUUUAUGAUUUAUGUCCUCCGGUGUAAAGGAUUGUACCAUAUGGAAUAUAUAUUACUUAUUUUGACUGCCCAAAGCUGACAAAAAUGCAUUGGAAAUCCAUUGCCUUGAUAUGAGUGUAUUGCUGACCAGUGACAUCUUACCACCCACUAACCUAUGAUCUUUUGGUAGUCUGUCCUGUGUGACCUUGGCAUUUCAGUCAUUCCAAUGUCACCUGGAGUGUCAUUUCUCUGUAUCCUCCUCCACUUUGUUUUGCAAAGAGACACAACAAGAUUAUAUAAACUAAUGUACAGUUUCAGUCAACAACAGAAAAAAGGCAUUUACUUAUCAUGGCUGUGCUUCCUACUUGCUUAAAUAGAUGAACUACAAUUUACAGCCAUUUAUUAACCAAAUGGGAUACACAUUUGAAGAAAAAUCAUGUGCUUUUGAUACAAUUGUAUUUCUGAAAGUAUUAUUGAAAUUCUGUAACAUUGUGAUGUCGCAGAUGGACAAAUUUAUUGUGAAAAGUAGAGCGAUUUCCCAAAGAUCAGUUCCCUAUGUUCAAGCCUUAGAGAUAAAACUGCUCAAUUACUUUAAACAACAUGUUUUUCAGAUAUGGAACAAUUACUGUCAGUUCUGGAAACAUUUCAGUCAGAUCCAUUUUAACUGUGAAAUGCAGCAUUGUUACAUUAAUAUAAAUCCUUCACAGUGUUCUAAAAGCAAUGAAUUUAUAAAACAGUUAGCAAUGUGGAUGUCCAUAAAUUAGCCCAAUGACAUACUGUUCCUCAAGGCUCAAGCUUUACGUAAUACUUAAAUGCUACCUAUUCCCUAAACGAUGUACAAUGUUGGUCAGACAUCAGGGAAGAAAAGGGAUACCAUUCCAAGUAAAUAGCCUUUUCUCUCACUGACGUUUUGUCGACAGUUUAAAGAUGGACAAUGUUGUAUUUUCUCUCACUGACGUUUUGUCAACAGUUUAAAGAUGGACAAUGUUGUAAACAGAAAAUUCAAAGACAGAAGUUGUCUUAGUUCAGGCAUGCUGUAGUUUUUAGUUUGUUAUUUUUUUGUACAGAGCAGGGUAACUGUUAUGCUAUGGAUUUAUUAACGUAUAGUUGUAAGGAUUCAUUAAAAAUGCGUUAUGUAUCAAAGAAACUUCCUGCCUGGUUAGCUUUGUAUUUCAAAUGUGUUGCACAAGUUCUGCCAUUUUUUAUUAUUAUUUUUGCCUAUUGUAUUUUAUAAUAAAAUUGUUUUAUGUAAUGAUCAAACAUUUAAAUGAUAGUUAUGUUGUUUUUAAAUGUUUAAUGUCUGAAAAAAAUUGAAUAAAAAUGGUAUGAACCG